UCCUACAAGCAGGCUGCAAGCAUCCUUUCCUUUUAAUGAAGGUACCCUUCCAAAGACAAGUGGCCCCCCAGCCCUUGCUUUUCCUAAUAGCUUGCCUUCAAUGCUUCAAGAUACUGUAACCCUUAGGAGUGAUAGCAAUAAUCACAUAUAAACAUGCUGGCACGGAAAGGACUCAUUCACGAAGAAUAUUUGAUAACUCGUCUUGCAGAAGAUAAGUCUGAACAAAUCCAGUACAAAUCAAAGGACAGGAAACCACGUUUUGUGUCAAAAAAUGGAGCGUGCAAUGUUGCCCAUAAGAAUAUUCGUGAGCAAGGACGUUUCCUGCAAGAUGUAUUUACCACGAUGGUGGACCUCAAAUGGCACCACAGCUUACUCAUUUUCACAAUGACAUUUAUUUGUAGCUGGAUGAUGUUUGCCAUGGCCUGGUGGCUUAUUGCUUUUGCCCAUGGAGAUCUAGACCCCAAGCGCAGCUCUUCGGUGCCUUGUGUUACAAAUAUUCAGUCUUUUACAUCAGCGUUUCUUUUCUCUAUUGAGGUUCAAGUAACCAUUGGGUUCGGAGGUCGCAUGGUGACUGAACAGUGCCCUUUGGCUAUAACAAUCCUCAUCAUUCAAAAUAUAUCUGGUUUAAUUAUCAAUGCCGUCAUGUUGGGAUGUAUUUUUAUGAAAACUGCUCAAGCCAACCGCAGAGCUGAAACUCUUAUCUUCAGUAAAAAUGCUGUGAUAGCCUGCAGGGAUGGCAAAUAUCGUUUCAUGUUCCGCGUGGGAGACCUUCGAAAAAGUAUGAUCAUUAGUGCUUCCAUCAAGAUUCAGAUCGUCAAGAAGACGAUGACAGCCGAAGGAGAGAUCAUUCCUAUUUCCCAAGUAGAUAUUCAGGUGGAGAAUCCUAUGGGCACAAACUCGAUUUUCCUAGUGUCACCCCUUAUUAUCAGCCACACCAUUGAUGAAAAAAGCCCUCUGUAUAACAUUUCAGCAUACGAUCUCUGCAAUCAAGAACUGGAAGUGGUGGCAAUUCUUGAAGGUGUAGUAGAGACAACAGGCAUCACUACCCAAGCAAGGACAUCCUACUUGCCUGAAGAAAUCAUUUGGGGCCAUCGUUUUGUUCCCAUUGUUACAGAGGAAGAAGGCAGGUACUCUGUGGACUACUCCAAAUUUGGAAAAACAGUGAAGGUGCAUGGUCCACUAUGCAGUGCUAAAGACCUGUUAGAAGGGAGAUACAAGGGCCUCUACACCAGCGGUCAACAUUCUAGAAUGGUAAAGAAAAGGCGAGGAGAAACUCGAGAAGUUAUUCCAACUAAUAAUAAUGCUACAGAAACUCCAUGCAAUGAAUCCUUAUCUGAUUCACAGUGAUUGUACAAACUAUGAUACCAUAAUUUAUUCACAUCAAUUUCUUAGCAAGAGGUGACUUUCUAGAUUGGAACAGACAACGUGACUUUAAUGCUGGAAUGACAAUAUACUUAGGUUUCCAGAAUGUAUUAUCACACAAAUAUAUGUUCUCUGCUCUCCAGAUGGAUAUUUUUCUGUCUUGCAAUACAUUCCAGGUUACCCCUCAUGCUAUGUAUUACAUAAAUGAGUUCAGUAACACCUCAAAAUUUAAAGGUACAGUUCUGAGCAUUAUUUGGCUGUAACUGACAUACAGACCUGAUUUGAACAGACAUAAUUCCACAUUCCUAACCAAGCCAAAUUAACAAUCGUUGUGGAAUAGUCAAAUGCGGCAGCUGGGAGCUUUUAAUGGGUCUCUGUAUAGCACUCUUGCAUAAGGUGCACCUUUGAAUCUCACAAUUCUGUCUUCUGACAUUAAGGAUAAAUUGGAACCCAUAGUAUCACAUUGUUUCCAAGAUAACGUUUGUUGAGUUUAGUUCAGCUUAUUGUUGACUGCACAAGUUUGAUCAGUAAUGUGCAGCGGUUUUAUUACAUUGUUGUUGGAGCUUUUAUAUGAUAGAAAGUCUGAUCCUGUUAAAUCAGCAAUUUAAUAAAGUACUUUGAUGCUAGGAACCAUGCAAUAUACAUCAUGGAACAACAUGUGGACAUGAAGGAUUAAAGGUGUUAAAUGCUUACAGAGUUAAUCAAACACAAGUGUUUUAAAAAAAAAAAAAUCCCUGGUUUGGGUUAGA